UGCUUCAUCGUUAGGUCAUUUCCUUCUACUGUUAGAGGUCGUUAAUUUGAUUUUCCUGAUGUGACCAUGGAUUUAACGUCAGUGGUCAUUUACAAAAUACUGAAGUCUUUCCUUUUUUCUCCAGAUGUAACUCACCAUCUCCAAACUUGCAUGAGUUAAGCAGCUGGGGUAUCUUUUCCAGUUAUCUCACUGAUAGGAAGAGAUUUGUAGACCUCUUUGAAAGUGGAUAUUCUCACAUGUUCUUCAGACAGAAAAGCCGGCAGUCACUGAAAUAAGGACUUGAAGUUCCUUCCUCUUUCUCAAUGUCAUAAGAAACAGGAAAUAAAGGUCAGAACUUCAAGAAAAGGAAGAAAAGGGGAUUCCAUGAAGAAAUGGUGCCCAAAGAACACACCAUGUGGAGCAUACGUGCAAAAGAAAUGAAGAGGAUCCUCAGGGUGGAGCUCUGAGUUACAAGGCCCUCUCCUCUGGGACCAGAACAAAUGUACUGAAGUGAUGACAGGACCCGGGGAGAAGAAUGCUUUCUUUGGGCUGGAUGCUUCUCUGGCUUGUCGCGUCAGGGAGACUGGAAGGACCUGACAUCUCAGACUGCUCCACCAAAACGCUUCCUAGGACAUACGCUGCCAGGUGUGGGGAAGAGUCUGUCUUAUUUUGUGAUUUGCCAGAGCCACGGAAAUCCCACUUCUACUACAGAAGUCGACUCUCACCAACCCAAGGCUCUGACCACCUGCCCUGCAGAGGCAGUAAGAACCUGUCCGAUGUCCAAUGGUAUCUACAACCUCAGAACGGAGGUCCACUGGUAGAAAUUACUCAAAACUAUCCUCACAUCAUCAAGGACAGAAGAGCCCUUCAUUUUUUGACCACAGGGAUGAAGGAUGCUGGGUCAUAUACUUGUAGACCUAGGAUUAGGAGCCCCCAGGACGAGGCCUGUUGUGUCAAGAUGAUCUUAGAAGUUAAACCCAAGACAAACAUAUCCUGUGGGAGCCCCGUGUCAUAUAAGCAAAGCCUUCUUCUCGGCAGCACGGACUCCAUUCACUGCCCCGGUCUCAGCCACCAAAGUGAUGCACAGAGUCCAGAGGUGACCUGGUACCAGAAUGGAAAACUACUCCCCCAAGAAAGACGCAGCCCGAUCGAAGUGGAUGAAAUCUACGACUACCACCAGGGCACGUACGUGUGUGAUUACACCCGGUCGGAUAAUGCAAGUUCAUGGACAGUCAGGGCUGUUGUCCAAGUGAAGACCAUUGUGAAGAACACUAAUCUCAAACCAGAUAUUCUGGACCCUGUCAAGGACACACUGGAAGUAGAACUGGGAGAGCCUUUAACUCUUAACUGCACAGCACGAUUUGGCUUCGAAAUAAACUUUAAACCUGUGAUAAGAUGGUACAUCAAAGAUUCUGAGCAGGAGUGGGAAGUCCCAGCGCCUGAGGAGAAAAGCAUUAAAUCCACCCUAAAGGAUGAAAUCAUAGAGCGCGUUGUCUUCUUGAAAGAAGUUACUCAGCGUGAUCUCCGCAGGACAUUCACCUGCUUUGCCCAGAACUCCAUUGGGAACACUACCCAUUCCGUCCAACUAAAAGAAAAGAAAGGAGUGCUGUUCCUCUACAUCCUCCUCGGCACCGUCACGUCCCUGGCGGGUGCGCUGGCCGCAGGCGCGCUCCUCUGCAGGUACUGGAUCGAGCUGGUGCUGCUGUACCGAACCUACCAGAGCACGGACGAGACCCUCGGGGAUAAAAAGGAGUUUGAUGCUUUCGUAUCCUAUGCGAAACUGAGCUCUUUGGAGAGUGAGGCCACUCCGUCUCUGAGCGAGGAAGAUCUGGCUCUGAAUCUAUUCCCUGAAGUUUUGGAAAACAAAUAUGGAUACAACUUGUGUUUGCUUGAAAGAGACGUGGUCCCAGGAGGAGCAUAUGCAGAAGACGUUGUGAGCGUGAUCAAGAAAAGUAGGAGAGGAGUAUUUAUCUUGAGCCCCAACUAUGUCAACGGACCCAGGAUCUUUGAACUACAAGCAGCGGUGAAUCUCGCCUUGGACGACCAAACACUGAAACUGAUUUUAAUUAAGUUCUCUCCCUUCCAAGAGCCAGAGUGUCUACCUCAUCUAGUGAAAAAAGCUCUCAGGGUUUUGCCCACAGUCACGUGGAGGGGCUUAAAAUCGGUCCCUCCCAAUUCCAGGUUCUGGACCCAAAUGCGCUAUCAUAUGCCCGUGAAAAGCUCUAAAGGAUUCACGUGGGACCAGCUCAGAAUUAUUCCAAGAAUUUUUUCUUGGAAAAGACUCAGGAAAACAAAAGCCACUGGGAGGAGCUCCCAGCCUAGAGGAUGGGGGGAUGAGCCCCAGAACCCCCCCCCCCACCAUCCCAGGCGAGGCGAGCCCUGGGCCCCUCCCCCAGAUCCCAGGUGAGCAGAGACAUCGAUGAACAGAACACACGGCAUGGACCAGGCUGAUAGAAAGUGAAAAGAGUUCUUCCAGCCCUGAGCAGGCUUGGCAGGCCCUGGAAAGACACCGGAGCUAUGGUGGCAGCCUCUGAUUCCUUGGACUGGACAGAGGAAGAGCGAAUUCUCCAGAUUCUUAUACACACUCAGCCUGUGAGGCUUCUAAGAUUUCCCUGGUCAUCUAUGUGGAAUCAGCAGAUGCAGCCCCUUGGCUUUGUGGCUCUGGACUGUCUUGUCUACUAAGUAUUGUACACAUAACUUUAUAUAUCUUUGCAAUCAA